AUACUUCUAUGACUUGAAUGCGUUUGUUUACAUAUAUUGAAAUGUGUUAAUACUGCUUUUGGUUGAAAUAAGGUUAUGUUUAAAAUAGUCAACAAAAAUUAAAUUAGACAUGUCCAAAAGAAGUGGUAGUAGUAGAAGUGACUCAGGAAGAAGUGGCGAGCGCAAGUUUCAAGAAGCCACGACGUCAAAGUAUCUGUCCAAAUACAGAGAAAAACAUUCGUCAGACAUGGAUUCUGAUUCUAGUUUGGAUUCAGACGACAGCACUGAAAAGGAAAGACUCAAAGAUUUGCGAGAAAGAGAUGAAUUUGCUGACAGGCUUAAGAACAAAGACAAAGAUAAAACACGCAACGUCGCGCACCAAUCAUUUUCAGAAAAAAGUGCGUACGAAGAGGCAGCAAAGCGACUGAAAUUGGAAGCUCAAGAUCGUGAAAAAAUUAUACCAAAGUUACGUGUGGAGUCAAGAAGGAAGUAUCUAGAAAAGAGAAAAGAAGAUAAAGUAGCAGAACUUGAAGCUGAUAUUAUUGAUGAUGAAUUUCUUUUCCAAGAAGAAGUGCUGAGCGAGCGGGAGCGCAGGGAGCGCGACCACAAGAGGAAGCUGCUGAGGCUCGCCAGGGACCAUGAGGAGGCCCGGGAGCUGGAGCGCGUGCAGCGGUACCACAUGCCCCACGACACUCGCAAGGGCCAGACGGACGGGAAGUACGAGGAGGUGGACGAGCGGGAGAAGGCCCCCCACUACGAGCAGCGCAAGUGGGAGGAGGAGCAGAUGUCGUCUGCCGUGUUCCGGUUCGGGGCGCGCGACGCCAAGGACCGGCGCCGCCAGGACGACGGCCGGCAGUACGACCUGGUGCUGGAGGACCAGAUAGAGUUCAUCCAGGCGCUGCAGAUGCCGGGCUCCAAGGAGGCCAAGGAAGAAACUGUGAAAAUAACAGAAGCUCAAAAGAAGAGGUUAAACAUUGAAGAAACAAAGAAAAGUCUUCCUAUUUUUCCUUUUAAAGAAGACUUGAUUCAGGCAAUUAAGGAGCAUCAGGUGCUGAUCAUCGAGGGGGAGACGGGCUCCGGGAAGACCACGCAGAUCCCGCAGUACCUGCGCGAGGCGGGCUUCACGCGGGACGACAAGAAGAUCGGCUGCACGCAGCCUCGGCGAGUGGCCGCCAUGAGCGUCUCGGCGCGCGUCGCAGAGGAGAUGGGAGUCAAGCUGGGCAACGAGGUUGGUUACAGCAUAAGGUUUGAAGACUGCACUUCAGAGCGCACUGUCAUCAAGUACAUGACGGACGGCACGUUGCAGAGGGAGUUUCUUUCUGAGCCGGACUUGCAGGGAUACAGUGUGAUGAUCAUCGACGAAGCUCACGAGCGCACUCUGCACACAGACAUAUUGUUCGGACUGAUGAAGGACGUGGCUCGGUUCCGUCCGGACCUCAAGAUUCUGAUAUCCAGCGCCACCCUGGACGCGCAGAAGUUCUCGGACUACUUCGACGACGCGCCGAUUUUCAGGAUACCAGGUCGGCGCUACCCCGUGGACAUCUACUACACGAAGGCGCCCGAGGCGGACUACGUGGACGCGUGCGUGGUGUCGGUGCUGCAGAUCCACGCCACGCAGCCGCUGGGCGACGUGCUGGUGUUCCUCACGGGCCAGGAGGAGAUCGAGACCUGCCAGGAGCUGCUGCAGGAGCGGGUCCGCAGGCUGGGCUCCAAGAUCCGCGAGCUGCUGGUGCUGCCCGUGUACUCCAACCUGCCCAGCGACAUGCAGGCCAGGAUCUUCACGCCCACGCCCCCCGGGGCCCGCAAGGUUGUGCUGGCGACGAACAUAGCUGAAACUUCGCUGACCAUCGACAACAUCAUCUACGUCAUCGACCCGGGCUUCUGCAAGCAGAACAACUUCAACUCCCGCACGGGCAUGGAGUCGCUCAUCGUCGUUCCCAUUUCGAAGGCGUCUGCGAACCAGAGGGCGGGGCGCGCGGGCCGCGUGGCGGCGGGCAAGUGCUUCCGGCUGUACACGGCGUGGGCGUACCGCCACGAGCUGGAGGACAACAUCGUGCCGGAGAUCCAGCGCGUCAACCUGGGCAACGUGGUGCUCAUGCUGAAGGCCCUGGGCAUCAACGACCUGGUCAACUUCGACUUCCUGGACCCUCCGCCCCACGAGUCCCUGGUGCUGGCGUUGGAGCAGCUGUACGCCCUGGGAGCGCUGAACCACAAGGGGGAGCUCACCAAGCUGGGCCGUCGCAUGGCGGAGUUCCCCGUCGACCCCAUGAUGGGCAAGAUGAUCCUCGCCUCGGAGAAGUACAAGUGCUCCGAGGAGAUCCUCACGAUUGCGGCCAUGCUGUCGGUGAACAGCGCCAUCUUCUACCGCCCGAAGGACAAGAUCAUCCACGCCGACACGGCGCGCAAGAACUUCUUCGUGCCGGGCGGGGACCACCUGACGCUGCUGAGCCUCUACGGCCAGUGGGCGGACACGGACUUCUCUACGCAGUGGUGCUACGAGAACUUCGUGCAGCACCGGUCGCUGCGGCGCGCGCGCGACGUUCGCGAGCAGCUGGCGGGGCUCAUGCAGCGCGUCGAGAUCGAGCUGGUGUCGAACCCCUCUGAGAGCGUCAACAUCCGCAAGGCCAUCACAGCAGGGUACUUCUACCACGUGGCCCGACUGUCCAAGGACGGCCACUACCGCACGGUGAAGCACCAGCAGUCCGUCAUGAUCCACCCCAACAGCUGCCUGUUCGAGGACCUGCCCCGCUGGGUGCUGUACCACGAGCUCGUCUUCACCACCAAGGAGUUCAUGCGACAGGUGACGGAGAUCGAGAGCAAGUGGCUGCUGGAGGUGGCCCCGCACUACUACAAGCCCCGGGAGCUGGAGGACGCCACCAACAAGAAGAUGCCCAAGCAGGUGGGCAAGUCCCGGGCCGAGCUGGGCGCCUACUGAGGCCUGCCCCCCUCCCUCCCUCCCUCGCUCGCGAGCGUCGCGGCUCAGCUGCGAACCUUCGAUGCUCUCUCUCUGCGGUCCGAAGAUCUGGGCCGUCCCGUGCAAAAGCUCCGGGGUCCUGGAGUUGAAAUGAUUAUGCAUACUCUUCCACCGUAACCCAACUUUCUUUAAUUGUGCGAUUACUGUUUUUGUAACAUUUUUAUUUUGCAAGUGUGAUUACUUGAAUUCAUUGUCAUUCUCAGACAUUUAGUACAAAAAUUUUAAAUACCAUAUAUACUCGUGUAUAGCGCGCCCUUUUUUCCCCUCAAGUAAAGGGAAAAAAUAAGGAUGCGCGCUAUACACGGAAAAAAAAAGUUUGAUGGGGGGGCGGGGAGGAGUGGAAGUCGUUAACUGCCGGGUGAUGGGUGACGUUUCUGGCCAGCCCCCACACACACGCACAAGCAACAAGGCCUCUGUUUCACACACACACACACACACACACACACACACACACAUGUGCGCAAGCUCGCACAUCAUGGUCUCUUGUUUAUUUUUAGACCUCCCCCCCUUUACAGAAAGCCAGCUCAGAAGCUAGUAAAAAGAGAGAAUGUUGUCACCAGUUCCCCCCCCCCCCCCCCCCCCCCCCGGCCACCUUCUUCACUUCCUCCAUUCCUCGUCCCAGCAGCGACCAGUGAGUCAUCUAGUUCUCCGCGCCAGCUUAGCAACGUAGCGCGGCACGCCUUCCUCCCUCCCUUCCUCCCUUCCACGUACCAGUUGUGACAAUAUAGCGCUUCAUUAUCUUCCGUUUACACAGCAGAGUUUAUGUAUUUUCCUGACGCAUCACCACACAUCAAUUUAAAUAAUCAGGUACCACAAAAUGUUAGUAAAAUUUAUUUAUGGGAAAAAAAAAUUUCAAUUUUUUUUUUUCCUUUGGAAUUAGUUGCAAAAAUCGUGGUGCGCGCUAUACACGAGUAAAUACGGUAAUUUUGUUUUCAAAAAGUUUGCAUUUAUACAUUUACCAGGCAUGUAUAUUAAAUUCCAUGCCUUAAUGUUCACAUAUUGUUUUGGCCAGACAAUUUUUGUAUCUUAGUCUGUGGGAUUUCUUUUUAUCAAAACCAAAUUCAAACACUGUGUAAUCUCCCAGUUUUGGUUUACAUUUUGAAUGUAACCUCGGAACAAAUGUAUUUUUUGUCAAAAAAAAAAACAUAAAAAUAUAAAUGACCGAUUUAAAGAUGAUUUUGUAAAUAGUUAUUUACUAUGUAAAAAUAUUUUUUUUUAUAAAUAAAUUUUUAUAGAUUUAAUGUUUUAAAAAAUUUCACACUGAUACCAUUUAACAUUACAAAAUCAUGUUCAGUCCAGCCGGAAGAUGAAACAUGGUCGCAGCCAGUAUACAGAAUUGUGGUUGUUUAGGACAGGGUUGGUCAACCUUAUAAAUACUGUAUGUACAUAGUGAAUAGUUUUUCCCAGGCAACAACUUU